UAAGGGCGGGCCUUAGCGGUUUGAAAGAUCCGCGCGCGCUGCACGAGUGGCCGUUCUGCUCGUGACUGGGAUGUCGGUGUUGCGGCCGCUGGACAAGCAGCCUGGCCUGAACACGGCCACCAUCUUGCUGGUAGGCACGGAAGAUGCUCUUCUGCAGCAGCUGGCCGACUCGAUGCUUAAAGAAGACUGCGCCUCGGAGCUGAAGGUCCACCUGGCAAGGUCCCUCCCCCUACCCUCCAAUGUGAAUCGGCCCCGAAUUGACCUGAUCGUGUUCGUGGUCAAUCUUCACAGCAAAUACAGCCUCCGGAACGUGGAGGAGUCCCUGCGCCAUGUGGACGCCACCUUCUUCCUGGGGAAGGUGGGCUUCCUCGCCACAGGUGCCGGGCGGGAGAGCCACUGCAGCGUCCACCGGAACACCAUCGUGAGGCUGGCGCACACCUACCGGAGCCCUCUGCUCUUCUGUGACCUGGAGGGCACACUCCUCCACAUACCUGAGUUUGAGCCUCGCUGUAUUUUAAGGCCUUGCCGGGCAGGAAUUUUCAGCCCCCUUUUGCGCAUGAAGAAACACGUUCAAGAAGCUGGAAGGUUGGCCCAGUGAACAUAUUUCCGACCGAUGCUGAUAGGGUCCUGUGCUGUUCCCUGAGCACACAAAUGAGCCGGGCACCGCGCUUGCGCCCUCCAAAUCGCGCUAGACCAGCAGGCACGGCGUGCUGCAGCAGAAGGACUUGGGGAGGCCUGGAAGCCUGGCGGGAGAAUGCAGCCGUUCCUUCCUGCAGGGGACGGGAGCAGCCUGAUGUGGUCGGACUUGGGUUUGGAGGCCACAUCUCCAGAGCGUGGUGUGUAGAUUGCAGGAGGCCCAGCCAGGGACGAGGCUUGGGGGUCGAGGCUGGGCAGGAGGCCAGCUGGGGAGCCUGAGUGAGAGCUGCAGCAGCAGCUCGGAGGUGUAUUUCGGGGGCAAAGGCCACAGAACUCAGAGGGAGAGGAUUCCGUCAACAAAUACUUCCUAGGUACCUCUAGUGUGCCAAGCACUGUUCUAGGCACUAGGGAUGCAGCAUAGAACAAAACAGAAAAAGAAGAAAUCCCAGCUCUGUGUUCAUGGAGCGAACAAAGUAAGGAAGUAAAAUGUGUAACGUGCUAGAAAGUGAGUAUGUGGCACGUCAGGUGGUAAAGGGGUUAAGGUUUAGUGGGAUAGACAGGAGUGACCGUUAAUGAGACCUUUAAAGACUUGAAGAUGGCGGGAGCGCAGGCCGUGGAGACUCCUGGAGAAGCACAGGAGGCCUGAGGAACAAUAUGAUGGCCUGGCUUCGGAGGGCUUGCCUGGUGUGUCCAGGUUCCCACUGGGGAGGCCAAGGGCCCGAGCGCAGCAAACAGAGGGCAGAGUGACCGUGGCGUCAGAGCAGGGGGCCUUGUGGCCCUAAUAAGGGCGGUGGCCGUGUCUCUGAGUAAGGCAGGAGCUGCGCAUGGAGGGUGCGGGGGAGGGAGGGAUGCGGCCUGACGUGGGCUUUAUUUGUUUUUCUUUUCUAUUUAUGUGAUACGGGUUUAAAUGGAUCUCUCCAGCUGUUGGGAGGAGAGUACGGGGAAGGGAAGCAGGGGCAGAAAUGAGGAAAUGGGCCCCAGUGGCUGGUUCUGGAAGAGUUAGGAGUGGCCUGGGCUCCGUGGUGUCCGGGGGGCGGGGGGGGGCAGGAUGGUCGCAAUACUGGGGGUUUUCCAGGGUGGAGCUAACAGGCUGUGCCUGUGGCCUGGGUAUGAGUGAGACAUGGGAGAAAGGAGAGUCAGGAUGGCCUUGAAGUUUUCAGCUUAGCCGGUGUUAGGAUGGAAGUGACUUUGGCUGAGAUGGGGCAAUUGCAGGGGUGGGGAGGACCCUUAGGGACUCCACUGGGGGCAUACUAAUAAGAUCAGGGUGUUGGUCAGACAUCUACCCAGAAAUCGAGUAGGCAGCUGCACAUGUAUGUCUGAUGUUCAGAGGAAGGGUCUAGAGAUGUAAUUUGGGCAUCGUGGGCCAUGAGAUGGUUUUAGAUCACGGAACUGAAUGAGGUCACCAGGGAGUGUGUGUGGGGAGAAGCCCUGCAAAGGCCAAGGCCGGGGGCGGGGGCAGCACUUAGUUAGAACUUAAAUGUGUGACAGGAGGGAGCAGCCUGUGAGGCGGGAGGAGGUGUGUGUUGGUGGGGGUGAGUGUGUUG